AUGCAUCAGAUUUGCGGGAUGAACCGGCAAAUUGCACUGAUCGCUCUGAUUUUCCUGGCUGGUGGAUACGGCAGGGGCAUCUCUCACGAUCGAAAAUGCCUGGAGAGACUCGGGAUGUGCGAAUCUUUCGCCUGUAUUUCAAGUGAAUAUCCAAAGACUGAGGCGGCGCGUAUCUCGGACAUUCUCACCAACAUCAGCUGUGUCGAGGGGGAGCGGGUCGAAAAAUAUGGUGUCAUAUAUGACUACUUCACCACCCCGGGGCGUAAGACGGAAUUCUGGGAAUGCGGAUUCUACGAGGACACGCCGGGGGACGAGGUUUGCCAGGAAACUAUCAACACCUAUAAAUGCGGCAUCAUUGCCGUAGCCGCCAACGCCGGCAGUGGCCCAGUAGAUGAACCCUACGUUGCGCGACUGACCCACUGGCGGCUUCUGCUCACCAGUGUCACUCUGAAACCGGAAUUGCAAAAGCCGCUGCGCUACUGUUGGAAAAGUAUCAAUGACGCCCUCGACGCGAUGGGGGCCGGAAUUGAAAAC